AUGGGAGAUGAUGUGCCUGGUGUUUCAAUCAUCAAGCCGCUAAUGGGAGUUGACCCUCUUUUAGAAUACAAUUUAGAAUCCCAUUUUAAGUUGACAUACCCGAAGGUAAUAUUAUUGUGCAUAGAAAAUGUUUUAUUUGACGAUUCUUAUAAAAAAAAUAUAUUUUUUAAGACCUAAUUUGUUUUCAUCCAACAAGAUCUAUAUAAGAAGAAGCCAACGUAGAUUCAUUACGCUCGGAAUCUUUAAUAAAAAAGGAAAGUGAAUGGAAUUUUAAAUUUUACCACCGGGCAGCCAAACCUAAAAUUAUUUGUGGAAAGCUGAUAUUAGGGAUAAAUAUUUCUCAAAACGCAGUGAUGCUAGAAAUGUAAACAAUUAUGCAUAUUUUUUGUGUAAAAAAAAGGAAAGUCUGAUUUACAUUUUCCGAAGUAUAAAUUUCAAGGGCGAGGAAAAUUUUAAAACUUUUUUUUUGAUGAUACGAUAUUGAUAGUUACAUGCCCAUUGGCAGGUAGCAUGGAUCCCAAUAUGCCUUCUCUUUUUGACCCGGUAACACCGGGUCAUAUUCACUAGUAUCAUUAUACUUAAGCUAUUUUCCAUAGUUUUAUUUUACAACACUUAAACUUAUUACUUAAAUUCUUUAAGUAUUUAAUUUUGACGGAUUAUAUUAUAGGCGUCCACUUAGACCAAAAUAUCAAAUGCUUUUAAAGUAAUGCCAAAAUUCCUUUUUUAACAUACAAUGAGCUGUAAAAAUCUGCUCAAGUUGACUAAUCAAUAUUAAUAAGAAUAUGCUUUAAAAAUAAGCACACUUGGCUUAAAAAUGAUUAACAAACUUUUAUGAUAAUAAAUCUGAUAAUAGUUGCCUGUAUAUUUGAUUUGUUAAUGUUGGUGUCAAAUAAAAAUUAGUCUAUCUACAAAGAAGUAGUAAAAAUGCAUUGUACGGUACAAAAUUUAAAGCCCUUCGGUGAAAAUUAUUUAUAAUUUUUUGUUUGAAGAAUCAUUUUGCUUGUAGAAAUUGCUUGAUUAUUUAUUGUAUUUAUUAUUACAAUCUGGGGAGAAAUUAGCAAAAGAUUUACCUUUAAUGAUUUACGCUGGAGAUCAAGAGAGGGAAAUUGACAUGGGGAUGGGGAAGAAAGAAUAAUAGAAAAAAAAUCAUAUUGUGUCAUAUUUGAAAAAGAAUUUUACUAAACGAUUGUUGAAUGAUUUUGUAAUAAAAAUGAAUAAAAAUUAGUUAUAAGCUUAUUGAUAUUAUUUUUAUCAUGCUAGAAUUGGCUAUGCCUUAGAUAACAUGAAAUCUAAGUCAUUCCAGGGGGGUGCCAUAGCCGUAAAGGUGUAACAAAUGGUUGCAAUUAAUUUUUAUUUAUAUACUUAUGGGCAAACGAACCAAAUUUAUUUGAAGAUCUUUCUUUUCUUUUUUGCUUAAGUUAUUAUUUUGUCCUUGAGUGUGCAUGGCUUUAGCGUCAUACUAAUUUUAACUUAAAUGUCUUAACUUAGCUAUUGAUUCUUCAAAGCAUCCAUUUAGAUUUGUUUAAUUAUCAAUUAAUGCUAUGCAUUGUCAAAGGAAUGAAAUUCUGUCCUUAGAAAUUAUUUAGAUUUUUUAGAUUUGAGCAGAAUAACAAACAAAUUAUACUGUAAAAUUCAUUCUUGUCUAUCAAUAUCUUAGACACCCAAGUGUGCACUUGUCAUACUACUUGUCUAUCAGUAUCUUAGACACCCUAGUGUGCACUUGUCAUACUUAUUCUCCAUCAGUAUCUUAGACACCCAAGUGUGCACUUGUCACAAAAAAACUUGUAUUCUGUUACAAUCAAUCGAAAAUGGAAUAAAAACGGUAUUUAUCUAUUUUUUGUAUGUAAGAUAAUUUUAUAAACCUUGAACCUGGGUUAUAGUGAGUCAUUCUGACAUGAUUUCUCCAGUUAAAGCAUGUUUAGCUCAAUCCAUUGCGCAGGCAGAUAUCACAAUUUUAAUUUAGUUGUGAAAUAUUUCCUCCAUUUUAGUUUGAACUACUUUUUUGCGUCCAUGAUGAUCAAGAUGCUGCGGUGACAGUUGUCAACAGUUUACAUGAGCGCUACCCUCAAGUGGAUAUGCAGUUAUUUAUUGGUAAAUGUUUUACUCUUUAAUUUAGGGUACAUUUUAAAUUUUUUUUAAAAAGUUUUUUAGGCCUAUAUAUUAAUCAAGUCUGUUAUUCAAAGUUCUAAAAAAAAAAAUCAAUUAAUUCUUUUGUCAGAGAAAUGCAAAUGACACCAAAGCAUCUGUUUUGAACAAUGUAACUGAAGUCUCUAAAUCGCUUUAGAAUAAACGAAACUAUCACAGGCUAUUUAAGUAAAAUGUUGUAUCAGUUUGAAAUAAAUAAAUAUUAAGACCUCAAAGACUGAUAACCUGUAUUUUUUUAAAAUUAUAACUUUGUAAUAGAACUACCCUGCCCCACCUGUCUCACCCCCAUAGUUGAUGGAGAUGUCAAAUAACACUGUAGGUGUAGUCGAUAUGAACAUUUCUAAAACCAAUUUUAAUACAAACUUAAUCUGAAAUCCUGGAAUUAUAGAUUUAAAAAAAAAUCAUCUUUGCAAUGAGUCUUUAAGAAAGAACUUUUAAAAUUAAUUUUCAAUAAAAAAAAAAAAUAGUACCAGCAUAUAUUUCAGUGUCCCACAUUUUUCAAAGCUUUUUUGUUUUUUUGCAUUCUUUGAAGAUUUUCUUUUAUGAGUUUUAUUUAGGCAUUUAUAUCCUAUAAUGGUGAUUUUGUAUGUCUGGAUUUUUUUUAAUACAUUUAUUUGAAAUUUUUGGAUACAAUGGAAAUCUUUGGAUGUAAUACAUGUAAUAACUUGUCGUAGUUAAAUGUAUAACUCUUUGCCUGAUAUUCAGGAGGUGUCAAUGAUGUUGUGAAUCCUAUGGUACAAAAUAUGGUUCCUGCUUAUGAUGCAGCAAAGUAUGAGUAUGUGUGGAUCAGUUCCAGUCGAAUUGAAGGUCAUUAUUAUUUUUAGGGUAAUCUGGGGGGAGGACUGCAUUCAGGUUGAAGCAGUUUUUAGUUGAAAUUUUCAUUGUUUAGGUAUUUCAGGUUUCCCCCUACUCUGUAUGUUACAUUUCAUAUUAUUAUUUUUAGCCUGGUAUAUUUUCUAAUCAACAAAUCUACCAUAUAAAUAUCUGAUCAUUCAUUGUUAAUUUUCUUUUUUUUUUUUUUUAUUUUAAUAUAUAUCACAAUUUUGUGGUUGUAUUUCAUCUAUCUUUUUUUUACUUUCAUAUCUCAUCUUUUUUUUAAUAUCAUUUGUUGUUUUAUUUUUUUUUUUUUAUUUUUUUUUUUUUUUUUUUUUUUCUAUUCAACAAUCUUACAAUUUAAUUUUUUGUUUUUUUUUUUUUAUUUUUUUUUUUUUUUUUUUAGUUUAAUAUAUAUCACAAUUUUGUGGUUGUAAUUCAUCUAUCUUUUUUUUACUUUCAUAUCUCAUCUUUUUUUUAAUAUCAGUUGUUGUUUCAUUUAAGACAGUUAGACUAGUAGUAAAGGAAGCAGUAAACUGUGUAAAUUGAAUACAGCCCUUUAAUUAUUAUGUAAAUAAUAGCAAACUUACGAUUUUUCUCAUUUGGUUUCAGCUUCUAAUGAAAUAAUAUUUGAUUUGGCCAGCAAACUACAACAGUCCAAUGUUGCAUUAGUUCAUCAAAUACCGUUUACUACUGAUAAUCCUGGCUUUGGAUCCACUGUUGAGAAGGUUUUGCAUUACUCUUUUUAAGUUCUUUAUUUCUCUUGCUAGUUCAUAUAAUAAUUUUUUUAAAAAUCCUAUUUUAGAUUUAUUAAUAUUGAUCAUAUACUUAUUCCACUUGUUCAUUUACUAAUUCAUCCUACUCCUAUGGAUAAUCUAAAUCCAAUUGUUCAUUUACUAAUUUCUCCUAUGGAUAUACCAAAUCCACUUUUUCACAUAUUAAAUCAUCCUAUAUAUAAGCUAAAUCCAAUAUUUAAUUUACUAAUUCCCCCUAUGGAUAAACUAAAUCCCUCACUUUCAUAUACUAAUUCCUCUCAAAUUCCUUUUUUUCUUUCAAACUUCAGAUAUACUUUGGCUCUGCCAUGACUAGGUUCUACAUAUCAUUUAAUAUGUUAGGACUUUGCUGUGUGAUUGGGAUGUCCUACAUUUUCAAAAAAUCUUUAUUAGAUCAGGCCAAUGGCCUAAAGUGGUAUGGACGCUACUUGGCCGAAGAUUUUUUUCUGACGCGAGCACUUCAUGAGAGGUAAAAUAUUAAACAGUUUUUAUUCUUUUACUGAUUAGUUUAUUAUAAGAUUAUUAACAGAGGUUGGUUCAAACCAUGUUUUUUAAAAUUUAGUAUCAUCUUUAACAAUUAAUUGUGUUAACCUGAAAGUUGAAUCAAAAAUGUCUACAAUAACUAUAUAUAUAUAUAUUGAAAACGUGGUAUAACAAAAUGCUAUUAUUAUUACUCUUAAAAAUUUUUUAGGGGUCAAUUGAUUAUGUCAGCGAUCCCAGCAAAACAAAAUGUAGGACAGAUAACAUUAAGAGGGUUUGUUGAACGGAUGGUGAGGUAGGUACAGCUUGUAAACAAGCCAUGCUAGAAGCCUCUUAGAAUAAUUAGCAUUGUGUUGGAGAUAUAUCUUUUUAGUUACAAAUAAUUAGGAACAUUUUUUUUAUUCUAUCUAGAAAAUGAUUCUACUUGGAUUGUUCUUGUGUUGCAGGUGGAUGAGGCUGCGACUCAACAUGAUGACUUUAGUGACAGGAUUUCUUGAGCCGUUAUCAGACUGUUUCCCACUCGGCAUUUGGGCUGGCUGGGCACUUAAUUACUUUUUUGCAAUAAAUCCAUUUUAUUUCUUCACAUUCCAUGUCAUUUCAUGGCUUAUAAUGGAUUUCAUUCAGCUUACUUCCAUGCAGGUGAGUACGCUUCCAUAUGGAUAA